AUGGCGUCUUCUCUAUCGACCACAGCGCUGCUAGUGGCGCUCCUCGUCGCGAUGGUGCCAUUGGCGUGCGUGCCCACCGUGCACGCGAGUACGCCACAUCACGGAUACGCGGGCUGCGACCCAUCGGUGGUGCAGUCGAGCGGCUAUAUCGACAUUCCCGGCGUCAACAACACGCUGAAGCAUUACUUCUACUGGCUGUUCGGCCCGCGUAAGUGGUCGAACGAUGGCCGAGAGCCGCCGGUGAUUAUGUGGAUGACGGGCGGCCCCGGGUGCAGCUCCACCAUGGCCUUGCUCACGGAGCUUGGCCCCUGUAUGAUGAAUGAGACGUCUGGUGAGCUCUACUACAACACUUACGGGUGGAACGACGAGGCCUACCUGCUGUUCGUGGACCAGCCGACCGGUGUGGGCUACUCGUAUGGCGAUAAGUUCAACUAUGUGCACAAUCAAAGCGAGGUUGCGGAGGACAUGUAUAACUUUCUGCAGCUGUUUGCGCGGCGCUUCACGUCGCCGUCGAUUAUCGGCACGAACGACUUCUACAUCAUUGGUGAGAGCUAUGCUGGGCACUAUGUUCCUGCAGUGAGCUACCGUAUCGUGAUGGGCAACGAGCGCGGUGACGGCCUGCACAUCAAUCUUAAGGGCAUCGCCGUCGGCAACGGCAUCACGGACCCGUACACGCAGCUCCCCUUCAACGCCGAAACCGCUUACUACUGGUGCAAGGAGAAGCUGGGGUUUCCCUGCGUUACGGAGAAGGCAUACGAGGAGAUGAUCUCGCUGCUGCCAGCUUGUUUGGAGAAGACGAAGAAGUGCAACGAGGGGCCCGACGACUCGGACGUGUCGUGCAGCGUGUCCACCGCGCUCUGGGCCCAGUACGUGGAUUACUACUAUGCAACCGGCCGCAACAGCUAUGAUAUCCGCAAGCAGUGUAUCGGCGACUUGUGCUACCCGAUGCAGAAUACUAUCGACUUUUACCAUAAGCCAAGCGUCCGAGCAUCGCUGGGCGUUAGCGCUGAGGCGCAGUGGUCGACGUGUAACAGUGAAGUCAGCGUGCUCUUCGAGAGGGACUACAUGCGCAACUUUAACUUUACCUUCCCACUCAUGUUGGAUCUGGGCAUUCGUGUGUUGAUCUACGCCGGUGAUAUGGACUUCAUAUGUAACUGGCUGGGCAACGAGGCGUGGGUCAAGGCACUGCAGUGGUUUGGUACGGACGGCUUCAAUUCUGCGCCAAAUGUGGAGUUCGCUGUCAGCGGUCGCUGGGCUGGUCUGGAGCGCAGUUACGGAGGCCUCAGCUUUGUGCGCAUCUACGAUGCUGGCCACAUGGUGCCGAUGGAUCAGCCGGAGGUGGCGUUGUUCAUGGUUCGCCGCUUCCUGCACGGCCAGAAUUUGGCGUAG